AUGAUGAGGGGAAGCAAGAAGUCAUAUCAGAGCUCAGAGGAGGUGCAGGAGACCUUGGAGGUCCAGCAGAUGGAAUGCCCUGGGCCAAAUGGAGGAGGAGGCAGGGGCUGGUGGGGGGACGCCCAGAUCAGGGGCACGGAAGCAGUAGUCAAGAGGAUUGUGUUGUUUCCCUGGAGCAACGAUCCCCAGUGUAGUGGAUUGGAAUUCCCACCGUCCUUUGAGGAGGAAAAUGCCCAGAUCCAGCCAAGACUGCGCCUGAUCCUGGUUGGCAAGACCGGCGGUGGGAAGAGCGCGACAGGGAACACGAUUCUCAGCCGGAGGGAGUUUGAGUCCGUCCUGGCACCAAGGACCACCACCUUGAGGUCCCAAAAAGGGAAAGGAAGGUGGAAGGACUGGGACAUUUCUGUGAUUGACACGCCAGCCAUUUUUGAUGGCGAUGUCUCCAGGGAGAUCCUGGUCCCUGAGAUCAGGCGCUGCGUUGCGCUCUCCAGUCCUGGCCCUCAUGCCUUGGUCUUUGUCACCCAAGUCGGACGCUUCACCGCAGAAGACAAAGCGGCGGCCAAACAAGUCCUGGCUGUGUUUGGGGAGGAGGCUUCUGGGUACAUGGUGGUUCUCUUCACCCGCAAAGAGGAUUUAGCCGGGGGUCCCUUGGAGGACUACGUCUGGGGCUCAGACAAUGAGGGUCUCCAGGGGCUGAUUCGGAAGUGCGGGGGGCGCUUCCUUGCCUUCAGUAACAAGGCAGAUGGGAUGGAAAGGGAGAGGCAGGUCUCUGAGCUGAUGGAAAUUGUCCAGGGAAUACUCCAGGAGAAUCAGGGGAGGCAUUACUCCAAUGAGCUCUACUUGGAGCUUAACCUAACAGAUGGAAAGAUCCUCUCUUUCAUGGCAGAGAACAGAGGAGUCAGGAGAAAGGCAGCUGGAGUCUGGAUCUGGGUUAUGGUUAGGGCCUGGGCCUGGACCUGGAAAAAGAAGUGGUGGGUAGCAGGGUUGGUUACUUUUGCUAUUAGUGUUUGGUUCAUUAAUUAUCUGGUGAAUGGUGAUUCACACACUUUAUCUUCUUUCAAAAACAGCUCAGUGUCUCCUUAAACAUAAUGGCAUUUCUCUUCAUUGCAACAGAAGCUGCAGCAACACCAAAAC